AUGCUGUCUCCAUACCUUGUUCUCUCUUUUUUCGCGCCGCUCGUUCUUGGGAAGACAACUGCUCCGAACUUGCAGUUGCAUGAAGCUCUCGACAACGUCCCUGCCGGCUUUAUGCUCAGUGGGCCUGCUGCACCAGACACGGUCCUAAACAUACAAUUGGCGCUUGUCCAAAACAACGUAUCUGGCCUGGUAGACGAACUAUACAGCGUCAGCGAUCCCUCCAGUGCCAACUAUGGCCAGUAUCUGUCCAAAGAGGAGGUAGAGGCUCUCGUAGCCCCUUCAUUGGACAGUGUUACUGCUGUGAAUAGCUGGCUCAGCCUGAAUGGGCUGAAUGCAACCAUCGCGUCCCCAGCGGGCGACUGGUUGGCAGUACAGGUUCCCGUCAGCAAGGCGAACGAGAUCCUCUCCGCGAACUAUUCCGUGUUCACGCACGUCAGUACCGGACUUCGAACCGUCCGCACGCUCGCAUACUCCAUCCCGACUGACCUGGUGGGCCAUCUGGAUCUGGUACGUCCAACCGUCUCCUUCCCAGAUCCUUAUGGAAGCACUCAUCCUGUCGCUUUCUCUCGUCCGGUAUCCGACAUAGACCUAAGCAACACAACUUCGUCUUGUGCCAAUCUCUCAUCCGUCACCCCUGCAUGCAUCCAGUCCCUCUACAAGAUACCCAGCACCGCUGCCACAAGCAAUUCUAAUCGUCUUGCAGUGACAGGGUAUGUUGGCGAAUGGGCAAACGAGGCAGACUUGCAGGCAAGUCGCAGGUCUUGCACUAUGUUCCUGGAGCGAUACCGACCUGACAUGAACUCGUCAACGAUGUUCAUGCUAGAGACAGUCGACAACGGUUCGAACAAUCAGACGCUGGCAUACGCUGGCGGAGAAGCGAAUCUGGACAUCCAGUACACUCUGGGCCUUGCUACCGGGGUUCCCACUACCUUCAUCUCGGUUGGUGGUAAUUGGUCCACUGACGGCUUUUUGGGAUCUCUCCUUGAUACCGCAAAUUACCUAUUGAGUCAGGAUUCCCCGCCCCAGGUCGUCAGCACCAGUUAUGGCCUGGAUGAGAAGCUCGUCUCCCCAAAGUUUGCAAAUACACUCUGUAAUGCUUAUGCUCAGCUCGGUGCUCGUGGCGUCUCCAUGCUCUUUGCUCCAGGCGACGCUGGUGUGGCCGGCUUUGACCAUACCGAAUGCACAACCUUCCAGCCCACAUUCCCUUCCACUUGUCCAUAUGUUACCUCCGUUGGCGGCACCGUUGGCAUCCCCGAGACCGCCGCGAGCCUCUCGGCUGGCGGCUUUUCGAACAUUUUUCCGCGUCCUAGCUACCAGUCCACCGCAGUGCCCGCCUACCUCUCCGGGCUCGGCAGCACCGACAGUGGGCUCUAUAACGCGUCCGGGCGCGGGUUCCCCGACGUCGCCGCGUACGCGGUCUACUACGACGUGUUCAUUGCGGGGGAGCUCAUCGCCGUGAACGGCACGAGCGCGGCGACGCCUGUGUGGGCGAGCGUCGUGACGCUUUUAAACGACCGCCUCAUGGCCGCGGGCAAGCCUGUGCUCGGGUUCCUGAACCCGUGGCUGUAUGCGGGCGGCGCGAGCGCACUGACGGACAUCGUGUCCGGCAACAAUAGAGCGUGUGCGAACGACACCGGGUUCGACGCCGCGGUAGGAUGGGAUCCGAUCACCGGGCUGGGGACGCCGGAUUUCUCGCUCCUUCAGUCGGCUGUCGGUCUGUAG